UCAGGAAAACUCUUAAGAGGAGAGAGAGAGAGAGAGAGAGGCUCUGUGUUUGUUUUGGUUUUCUUCUUUCUUCUUUCUUCUUCCUUUGAUUUUGUUUGAGGUGUGUUUCAUCUGGUGAUUUGAAAUCAAAGGAAGAGAGGAGGAGGAGGAGGAAGGAGAGAGAGGAAGGCCUGUGCAUUUCUCUCUCUUCUUAUUGUUUGUGUGAGGAAGGUUAUUUAGGGUUUGAAGAUUGUAGAAGAAGAAGAAGUAAACGAAGAUGAAUAUGAUGCGUCGGCUUAAGAGCAUUGCGUCCGGCCGGAGCUCUGUUUCGUCCGACCCGCCGGGUGGCGAUUCCAGCUCAAAGAGAUCAAAGUUUGAUCAACAAACUGAAAAGAAGGUUACUGACCAGAAUACAAGAUCAACGUCGAUGGAAUCAGCUGCUAGCACAUCCAGUGCUUCUUUUGGAGCUAAGAUAGAGGCCAAAGAAGAAAAAUCUACUGCUGAUCAGCUUCCAAACGAUAUGCAUCAAAUGAAAAUCAGAGAUGCCCACACCCAUGAUGUAAAGGAUAUGGAAGAAACUUUUGUAUGUGGUAAUGGAACGGAAACCGGUCAUAUCAUUGCAACGACAGUAGGCGGUCAAAAUGGACAACCUAAACAGACAAUCUCUUACAUGGCAGAGCGCGUAGUUGGCACUGGUUCGUUUGGAGUCGUCUUUCAGGCCAAGUGCCUGGAAACAGGUGAUGCAGUUGCAAUUAAAAAGGUGCUGCAGGAUAAAAGAUAUAAAAAUAGAGAACUUCAGAUCAUGCGCUUACUGGACCACUCUAAUGUUGUUCAAUUGAAGCAUUGUUUCUUUUCAACUACUGAAAAGGAGGAGCUUUACCUUAACCUUGUCCUUGAGUAUAUAUCGGAGACUGUUUACAGGGUGUCAAAACAUUAUGUCAGGAUGAACCAACAUGUUCCCAUUAUUUAUGUGCAGUUGUACACAUACCAGAUUUGUCGGGCAUUGAAUUACUUGCACCAUGUUGUUGGUGUGUGUCAUCGUGAUAUUAAGCCACAGAAUUUGCUGGUCAAUCCCCACACUCAUCAGCUUAAAAUAUGUGAUUUUGGGAGCGCAAAGAUGCUGGUACCAGGUGAAGCAAACAUAUCGUAUAUUUGCUCACGAUAUUAUAGAGCUCCAGAACUCAUAUUUGGGGCUACGGAAUAUACAACUGCAAUUGAUAUGUGGUCGGUUGGAUGUGUAUUUGCCGAGCUCCUCCUUGGGCAGCCUCUGUUUCCUGGGGAGAGUGGUGUUGAUCAGCUGGUGGAAAUCAUAAAAAUUCUUGGAACACCAACCAGAGAAGAAAUAAAGUGCAUGAAUCCAAACUACACAGAGUUCAAGUUUCCUCAAAUUAAAGCUCACCCCUGGCAUAAGAUAUUCCACAAGCAAAUGCCCCCUGAAGCUGUGGAUCUUGUAUCAAGGCUGCUCCAGUAUUCACCAAAUCUGCGUUGUACUGCUUUAGAGGCUUGUGCGCACCCUUUCUUUGAUGAUUUGAGAGACCCAAAUGUAAGCUUGCCCAAUGGACGGGCAGUACCUCCUCUGUUCGAUUUCACAGCUCAAGAACUGGCCGGUGCAUCCACUGAACUCCGACAUCGUCUCAUCCCCGAGCAUGCUAGAAAUUAGUGGCUGAACCUAGGGGUGUCACAUAUCUCCAUGAUGUAAAUGCAUUUUUGAUUGCUUGGAUGCUCGAGCCGUGCUGCCUUCACCAUUUUGCAAAUUACGACAGGGGUAGUGGCGGUAAGUUCCUGGUUGGAUGUCUGCUGAGACAGAUAGAGGAGUUUUUCUGAGGCAGUGGGGCUGCUUGGCAACAAGAUUCUAACACUUCUGUUUUACAUUGUACCAAUGUACACCUUGACUGUGAAAGAUGAGUUGUUUCAUAUAUCUCACCCUCGUCAUAUAGUUUUAUGGGUAUUGUGGAAACUAACCUAAUGUGAUCACUUAGAUUUAUUAGGUUCUCACUGUAUACUGUUCCACUGUUACAAAGGAAUUGAAGUACACGAGUUGAUUUGCCCAUUUGAAUUAUCACUCUAAGCAUCAGUAAGGAAAAACUGAAGCACCGUUCUUGUAGCUUAUAGAUUUGUAACAAUUUUUUGGAGUACAAUUUGACAAGCGCGCAUCGAUCAGAUGAAGUUGUCUUGAUUUCCGGCAUGCU